UAAUCCAAAUUCCAAAGUUCCCUUUUUUUCACCUUUCACUCCAACCCACCUCUCUCUCUCUCUCUCUCUCUCUCUCUCUCUCUCUCUGAACAAUAUCAUAGUACUACUAUACUGCCACAAGUGUUGUUCUGUUUUUCCAAAACAGAGUUGUUCUGUUUUGUUUACAAGAAGAAUAAGAAGAAGAAGAUUGAGUUCAAAGGUGAAUGAUUAUGGUAAGAGAAGAAGGGUAAAACAGGAAAACAAAAAAAGAGAAAAACAACAACAGUGAUGGUAAUGGUACUAGGAACAGAGAACCAUGUUGUUAAUAAUGGAUGGAGUCCUAUAGGGGCCCCACUGAAUGUACAGAGAGAUGAACAACAACAGCAGCAGCAACAACAACAUUGGACUAACAACAACUACAACAACAAUGGUUUCGAUAGUUCGGUUAAUGCUGUCUCUUUUGGGUUUGUGGCUACUGCGAUUCUUAUUGCCAUGUUCUUACUCAUGGCUAUUUUUGAGAGGUUUUUAGCGCCUUCUUCUCAAGCUUUGUUUCCUAACCGUCGCCGGAACCGUCGUGCCGGUGAAGCUCCGAUGAGGAAAUUCAACCACCCUUCACCGAAACAGAUGAGUGUUUUUACUAGCUGGGUUUCAGUUCUAAUGCCAGGAGACGAGAUUCCUACAUUCAUUGCUCAUCCGGCGCCGGUGCCGUGUCGGCCGGAACGAAUUUCAUGGCCUUCUCAUCAUAAUACAGCAUUGUCUUGUUCCACUUCUAAUGUCAUGCCUAAUAUCAAUCAAGUAUGAAUGAAUGAGAAGAAUUGAAUUGAAUAUUGAAAAUGUUGUGCAAUCUGCAUAUUGAAUUAAGGAAUUGAUGAAUAUUGAUUUAUGUAACAUUCAUCAAAUUUUAUCCAUGAGUUCUCUUUAAAGCUUAUGUUAUCAUGAUUGUAUAUAAGAUUUAGUUUAGGUGAUUCUCAAUGGAUGAUCAAGUGUUUUGCACUUCAUUUUUAGUAUUUAAGCUUUCUCCUAGUAUUUUGUUAUCUUG